CUCAUCCAGAAUCACAAGAUAUUGUCUGCAGACAAGUCAAAAAUACUUUGCUUUCACAAAUUACCCAACCAAUUCCUCUCCAAUCUCAAAUUAUACCUCUAGCAAUGGCAGGAGAACUCGUCCUCGUCACCGGUGGUACUGGCUUGAUUGGUAUCAAAAUCAUCCAGCUCGCCCUCAAGGCUGGCUACUCAGUCCGUGCGGCAGUUCGCUCACAAGAGAAAGCCAACGGCGUUCUUGCAACACCAACCGUCAAAGCCUUGAACCCAGGAUCGAGACUCACAUUCAUCAUCGUCCCAGAUAUUCUAGCUGACAAUGCCUAUGAUGAAGCAGUCAAAGGAGUCAAAUUCAUCAUCCAUACUGCCUCUCCGGUCAUCAAAGGCGAAGGCUUCACCCCCGACCAAUGGGAGACUCAUUUAAUUGCCCCAGCGUUGAAAGGUACGACUUCAAUCUUGGACGCAGCAUACAAAACUUCUGGGAUCGAAAGAAUUGUGAUUACUUCAUCUGAAGUCGCCAUCAUCCCAUGGGAGGAAUUCAUUGCCAAAGAGGUCGACACUGUCUUCGAUGAUCAAUACCAGAUUCCUUUCCCAGCUGGCCCGUACUCCCACGUCUUCGAAGCAUAUUCUGCUAGUAAAGUUCGUGCCUUGAUAGCCACAAAGGAGUUCGUGAAGGAGAAGAAGCCUGAAUGGGAUGUGAUAAAUAUCAUGCCUUCAUUCGUUGUGGGCGACAAUGAAAUGAUCACCGACCCCAAUCUCGUCGCCGAUGGAACUGUCGGCGCUGCAAUGGCCCAAGUCCUUGGAGGAGAUAGCGGAUGGGGUGCAGUUCCUUCCACCAGCGUCCACGUUGCUGAUGUCGCGCGAUUGCAUGUGGAAGCCUUGAACCCAAAGAUCGAGGGCAACCAGAGCUUUCUAGCUGUCUCAGAAGGCGAACGUGGAACCAGAUGGGAGGAGGCUAUCGACAUUGUCAAUCGCAAUUACCCUCAGGCCGUGAAGAAGGGUGUUCUGCCAAACAACGGGACUGCUAGCACGAAAAGAACCAAGGUGGAUGCAAGCCGUACAGAGCAGGUUUUUGGCUUUAAGUUUCAAGGUUAUGAAGAGCAGGUCAAGAGUGUCGUGGAUCAGUAUCUUGGACUUGUGGGUGAGCAGGCAGCUUGAAUGGAAUGCGAUUGUUUUGAAGUUUGAUAGAAGAAUGGUA